CAAAAUGUCAAAAUAAAAUUGAAUUGAGUGAAAAGUGUUCGCUGCUAGAUUUUAUUUGGAAGUGAGAGAAUCGGAGAGCGUCAAAUAAUCUUUAAUAUUUGUAAAAAUCCUUCAAGAAAAUAAUUUAGAAAUAUCUAUUUUAAAAUUGUAGUGCUUCCUUUCUUUAAGUUUUAGUAUUAUUUCGAUUUUUGCUUGUUUCGUGACAAAAGCAGAAAUUCCAAACAUAGUCUCGGAUAGGUAGAGGACAUUCGCUGGGCGUAAAAAGAAAAUGGCGUGUGCUACACUCAAAAGAAAUUUGGACUGGGAGUCCAUGGCGCAAAUGCCUGCAAAGAGGCGAAGGUGCUCACCAUUUGCAGCCAGCAGUUCAAGCACAAGUCCAGGUGUAAAAGUUUCGGAAAGCAGACAAUCGUCAUUUGGAGAAUCCGUUAUUGCACCUGCGAAACUGACCCCAGAACGUAUGGCACAGGAGAUAUGCGACGAGAUCAAGCGUCUCCAUCGCCGUCGCCAACUGCGGCUGACUAACGCAGCAGCGUCCUGCUCCUCUUCUAGUGGCUCUGAAGGCGACUGCUCGCCUCCUCAUCGCUCCUCACACAACACACAGAAGGUGCACCACCGUGCACUCUUUACUUUCAAACAAGUGCGUAUGAUCUGCGAGCGAAUGUUGCGUGAGCAGGAGGUGGCUCUCCGCUCCGAGUACGAGUCGGCACUUAGCACCAAGCUUGCCGAACAGUACGAAGCUUUCGUACGCUUCAAUCUUGAUCAGGUGCAGCGCCGACCCCCGCCCGCAACUUGCAUGCCACUCGGCAUGGACGCCGAGCACCACAUGCAUCAGGACCUCGUCCCCAGCUAUCUGUCCUAAUGACCAUGAAGUUUGCUGUGCGGUAUAAUACUGCAACUAUAUCAAGACAAACAUAUUUUGGUAUAUGUGAAUAUUAUAUUAUGCGGGAGUAAAGUAUCCUAAUGAAUCAAGACAUUGUGAUUGCUGGUGGAAUUUGACACUGGCUAAUAUUGCCAAACAUUUUCGUUUAGUACAGUAUUAAUGUACAUCAAUAUAAUAAUACAAUUUAUUUUCCCACCAGUUGUAUUUUUGUUUUCAGUUCAAUGUGACGUCCAAUAGCCUUUUAGACUUAGCAAUAAAAAGAGCCUUCGCAAUAUUGCCGGUGUAAGAUUCCACAGUUUAGUUCAUGCCACAUACACAUAAUUAGCUUUUAAUGCUUUAGGUAAGGUACGCUGGAUUAUUGUGUUCAUAGACUGAGGAUCGAUGAAGCCGAGUCGGACGACUUGUAGCCAGGCACGACACUAUUUAGCUCUGGCUAAGUGUUCGGAUUAACAAAACGGGUUUGUUAACAGAAUUAUGUCUUUACAGCAGACACGGAUGUCAGGUAUACACUUGUAUUUUGUAUAUUUUCUAAAGUAACAUUAUGAAACCUAUAGUAAUGUUGUAAUCUACACAAUAUAAAUUCACGCAGAGUGCCUCUUUAUUCAUUGACCUCGAAAGUGCGAAUUAGUUAGCCAUAAUUAUUUUUGAUUGACGAUUAUUUUUACUGUACUUUUCUUUAUAGUGUUGUCGAAUUAUAGUUGUAGUUGGUAAAUUAUAUUUAAUUUGAUUGUAUGUAAAGGGCGGCGCGAAUGCCCGCCCUUAGCUCUUAUGAGAGAUGGCCUCUUGUAUCAGACAGUUCGGGAUAUCUUUAGGACUCUAUAUUAAAAAUGUAUUCUUAUCUAUAAUAUUACGGCGUUUCUAGCCAAUAUUUAACUACUACAAAACUUAUUUCCUCGAAAUUAACUCACUGAUACAUGGCUUUUAGAGAAUGAUUAAUUAGCUUUAUUUAAAUUUUUAAGUUAUUAUUUUUUCUCAAUAAUGUAUGAAGAUACUACGUCGGCAUCGCAGUCGACGACCACUGUAACCGAGAGAUGCACUCCACGGAACAUUAUUGGGUUUGUUUUAUAAUAAUUGUUUAGUUGUAACUUUUUAUUGAAUACAAAAAACGAUAUUUGUUACCAAGCAUUAUUCAAUAAAAAUAGGAUAGGACUUUUUUUAAAUUGUAUUAUCAGCUCUUUAUUGUAGGUUAUUGGCGAUUAAGAACUGAAAAUAAAUUAGCUAAACACAAA